AGUUAAAUACAAAAUAAGAGAUAUUUAUGUAGCGUGAAAUUUUUAAAAACUUUCGUGUACCUUUGAAGUAUACACGUAUGAACAAUUUCUAUAUUUUUCCCUAUAGACACUUAUUUCGUGGAAAGGAAAAAUACGUGGAAAAUAGGUGUAGUCUUCUGGACAGUCCGUCGCGUAAAUAAUUUCGAGAUCUCUUGCAUUAUUAAAUUUCAAUACAAAGCUACCCCUUAGAAGAGCAUUUCUCUCCUCGCAUAAAUUAAAUUUCUCCUCUCUUUUCGAAGCGAGACGCACGAUUCAUGUCCGAGUGUUCUAGUUUUCUACUUCGUAUAAUUUCUUAUAGAAAAUAACAUAAAAUAAUUUAAUAUUCUUGUAACAAUGCACAUUUAACAAUCUUGCCGAAAAAAAUGUAUAUCGCAAAAGUUUCAAUAAUAAUAAUAUUCUUGUGAAAUAAAGAAACACAUCUCUUUCCUUUUUUUAUAAAUAAUAAUUUACUUUCAGAUUUUAGUAACGAUUGGCAUGUAUGCGACAUAGUAAUCUGUAUAUUUUGUCACGAUGCGGAGAAUUCACAGAUUAAUUAGUAUGCUGCCAGCCACCUGGAUAUUCAUCGUGUUAAAUUUAUUGGUCAAUGUUUCAGCGCAAACGACCUGCAACGGUGGUUUGGGUAGGGUGGUUUACGAGAGACUUCCGGAUCAGCAGCUUCAGGGUUUCGACGACGAUUUGAUGCGAAAAUCGGGGCCUCCGUUCAGGGCCCUGGAAAAGUGUCAAGAGCUCUGUCUGAGUGACAGAACCGCAACGACCAACCUGGUCCGCGUGUGUACGAGCUUUGACUUUCAACCCGGCAGCAGAAUCUUGUCCUACGGCGGCGUCGCCGAGUACGAGGACAGCAUUUGCUAUUUAACGAGAGAACAGGCGCAGCCGGAGGGCAUCGGAAAUCUCAUGCUCGUACCGAACAGCGUGCACUUUACCGAAGUAUGCCUGGCGUCCGAUAGAAUAGAGAGGGAAUGUCCAAAUCGUCUUUAUGUGUUUGAGAGACAUCCGAGAAAAAAGUUGAAGCUACCUUUGACAGACCUCAAGGAAGUCAGCGCUGUUAAUAGAACUGACUGCGAGGACAGAUGCCUCAACGAGUUCAGUUUCGUUUGCCGAUCAGCAACAUACGACAUUGCCCUAAGAAGUUGUUCUCUCAGUCGUUUCACUAGAAGAACUCAUCCCGAAUUAUUGGAGGAUGAUCCGAAUUCUGAUUAUCUAGAAAAUACUUGCCUUAAUGCCGAGAGACGAUGCGACGGGCUCUCAGUAUUCGUCAAGGAAGAAAACAAACGUUUACGCGGUCCGUUUGAGGUGGACAUAUUUACAAAUCUCACUCUAGAGGAGUGCCAAGCGAUGUGUCUCAAAGCGGAGAAAUAUUUCUGUCGCAGCGUCGAGUUUGACGAGCAAACUCGACAAUGUGUCAUAUCCGAGGAAGAUUCUGUCUCGCAAAAAGAUGACAUCGGAAUUAGCAACAGUCCAAGUCAUCAUUUUUACGAUCUGAUGUGCUUAGAUAAUCAUCCCUCCGUAGCGCGCGGCUCUGAGUAUCCGGACAGCAGCUCGACGUCGCACCUUUUCUCCGACGGUCGUCGUCCGGACACGGCUUUCCAGCGUUAUCGGAACUCGCGUCUGAGCGGUGAGUUUCAUUCGGAGAUCACCGGACGCAGCCUCAGCGAGUGCCUGGACGAGUGUCUCCGGCAGACGAGCUUUCAGUGCCGCAGCGCCGUCUACUCCGAGCAUUAUCAUACCUGCCGAUUGAGCCGAUUCAAUCAAAGAGAUGGCCACCGAAUUAUCUAUGACGCCGAUUAUGACUAUUAUGAGAAUCUCAUGCAUCAAUAUCUAGACGGAGAUCGUGAUGGACCUGGAUAUAGACCGGAUCCUCUGGGACAGGACACAAACUUUGGACGACCCUCCUUAGGAAGACCGGGAUAUCCAGACGAUUACGACAAAGGAUAUUCCAGCAGCGUCAAACCGGAUCGUUAUCCCGAGCGUUAUCCAGAUUCUAUUCCAGAUCGUUAUCCAGAUCGGUAUCCCAGUCGUUAUCCUGAUCGUUAUCCCGACCGGUAUCCCGACCGCUAUCCCGACCGCUAUCCCGACCGCUAUCCAGAUCGUUAUCCAGACCGUUACCCAAGUCGUUAUCCAGACCAAUAUCUAGACCGAUAUCCUGAUCGUCGUCCCUUAGACGACAGAUAUCCCUUAGAUGACAAGUAUCCAGAUAACCGAUAUCCCGAUCGUCGUCCCUUAGACGACAGGUAUCCAGAUAACCGAUAUCCAGAUCGCCGUCCCUUAAAUGACAGAUAUCCAGAUACUCGAUAUCCCGAUCGUCGUCCUUUAGAUGAUAGAUAUCCAGAUAGCCGAUAUCCUAAUCGCCGUCCCUUAGAUGAUAAAUAUCCAGAUAAUCGAUAUCCUGAUCGCCGUCCCGUUGGCAUCGAUAGAUAUCCCGAUGCCGGAACUCUGGAAAGAUAUCCUGUGAUACACGGUACAAUAACACGAUAUCCAAGCCGAUAUCCUACCGACAUGAUCGAUCGAUACCCCAAUACAAUUGACCGGUAUCCCUUCCCGGAUGAUACGAUGGAUCGAUAUCCUGACAGAUCUCCUAUCGAUUGGUAUCCAGCUACUGGGAGAUAUCCGGAUAAAGAUCCUUACGCCAAUCGCAGCAGGUAUCCACCGUCAAGACCGGGCUUUUACUCGGGAUUCGUCGAUGAUGUUCGUGGUCCUCAGAGCCACGGCCCCGAGCCGCGACCUCAAUACGGCGGCGGGGGGCCUUAUGGCUCCGCACGUCCGGUCGGAGGGUACGGAGGGUACGGCGGCGACGGUGGUAUCGUCGGUGGUGGAUAUAUAGGCGAAGGGGGUGUUUACAACUCCCGUCCAUUUGGAACUGCCGGCGGGCCUAUCAUAGGCAGACCCCCGUUAGUGUCCAGGUGCGACGAGCAGGACAAUUUCAGACAAGUAGGACCUCACAUCAGGGUACGGAAGCCGUUCGUCAGACGGUACACCACUGCCUCGUCGCUGGCACAGUGCGAGAGGGAAUGCGCGGACGCCAGAGACUUCGUUUGCAGGUCCUUCAAUUACCGGCCAUACGCCGCGCCUUAUGGGGCCGAGAGGGAUAACUGCGAGCUCAGCGACCGAGACUCCAGAGACAUGGACAUGGGCAAUCCGGUUUAUUACGAUACGGGUUCCGAUUACGACUUUUACGAGAGGAACAACGGCCGUCAGGGCGCUGAUGGGGAAUGUCUGGAUGUGAGUCAAGUCUGUAGCGAGGACGGGAUGGAAUUUACCUUGAGGACACCGGAGGGAUUCAUUGGUCGAAUUUACACGUACGGAUACUACGACCGGUGCUUCUUCCGCGGAAACGGCGGGACCGUGAACGUGCUUCGUAUCAGCGGACCUCAGGGAUAUCCCGAGUGCGGCACACAACGAUAUGGCGAUACGAUGACGAACAUCGUGGUGGUGCAAUUUUCGGAUUACGUGCAAACCGGCCGGGACAAACGGUUCAACCUGACGUGUCUGUUUCGAGGACCUGGCGAAGCUGUCGUCACAUCCGGCUACAUCGGUGCCGGGUAUGCCAGAUCAGGAUCCCCCAUCCCCAUCGAAUAUCUCCCAGCGGAAAACACCCUGAGCUCCAGAGUACGUUUGCUGAUCCUCUAUCAGGGCAGACCUACGACCACCAUCGCCGUCGGCGAUCCUCUAACCUUCAGACUCGAAGCUCAAGAUGGAUAUAAUUACGUAACGGAUAUAUUUGCUACCAACGUUAUCGCGAGAGAUCCCUACUCUGGUAGAAGCGUUCAGCUGAUAGACAGAUAUGGCUGUCCGGUGGACAACUACGUGUUUCCGGGCUUGGAUCGCCUUCGCGACGGCGACAGCCUCGAGGCCCGCUUCAACGCCUUCAAAAUACCCGAAUCAAAUUUCCUGGUGUUCGAGGCGAACGUACGAACGUGUCGCGAUGGUUGCCAACCGGCGUACUGCUCCGGUGGUACCGGUAGAAGCGAGCCGUCCUUCGGUAGACGGCGAAGGGACGUAAAUAACGACACGGUAGUGGACCAAGAUGAUCAAGAAAUGCCGCCGAUAACGCCGGUGACGGACGGUGACGCUAACAACGUGUCGACGACGAUUUUCAAUGCGACCGACGUCGCGAGCGACGAGCCGGAUAACGAAGAGGAGGAGGAAGAGCACGUCAGAGAGAUGAUAGAGGUGCUCGAUUCGAGGAUGGACAUCGAGGGAGACACCGUCGUCGAGAAACAAACCAAGAUCUUGGAAAGUAUUUGUAUAACACAAAACGAAUAUUACGGCUUGGUUACCGCAGUGGGAAUCCUCGUCGUGCUCUUAGCCUCCGUCGUUCUCUUAUCCAUGCUCGUUUACAGAAAAUACGUUUAUUCCGUGAUCAUAAAAAAUCGUAGACUCGACAAAACCUGCAAUCGCAGCAGCCAUUCCGACGAGCCUUACAGCAGCCGAGUCAACAACUUUUCUUUCAUGAGGACGGGUCUUCAGAAACCAUUCCAGGCGUCAUCGAUCUCGAGAUCAAUGAGUAAUGCUAUCAGCCAACGUCUCGCCUCGUCCUCCAUCGCUUUAGAGGGUACUAUGGGAUUAUCCACUGGUCGACGUGGCGGUUUUGAUCCGAGUGAGCCGAUCUACACUGAUCCAUCCCUUUUCGAAGUCACUCAUUGCUCGAACGCCGCGAAGUCAGCCCUCAACGACAAUUUUCAUCUUAUGUAGAAAAAAUACGCGAGGAGAUCGCUCUUGAAAUUAUGUAACGCGAACGAUCCCUGCUUUAUUUAUUUACUUUAAUGAGAGUAUAUGAAAAAUCGACUAACGACAAUCCACGACAAAUCAAGCAUGUGCAUUACGAUCUAUUCUGUCACUAGUCAAUAGUCACUGCCAAUUCCGCCGUUAAUGACUGCCAAAGCAUUUAUUAUUAUAUCCUUCAAAUAGAUUCCGAAUAAUCCGGAUUUUUAUUGUCUUACUGAAGAAAUUAUCUAAUUCAGAAUUGACAUUUAUAUAUAAUUAUAUAACUAAUAACUGAGAGGUUAAGGAUAUCGCUUUAUAAAAGUAUUUCCUAAAGAUUUUUUAGAAAUAGUGUCUGCUGUUUUCCAAAACGACUGCAAAAUAUCUCGUAAUAAUAUAAAAAUAUAGUAUAGAAAAGAUAUUCCAAUAAUUAAAAAAUAUUUUAAGACACAAAAAAGACUCCAAUGACAAUAUAAAAAUCUCAUUGUACAUUUCUUACUCGAUUAAUUCUCUUAUAUAUAUUUUAUAUAAAUCUCUUAUAUACAUUUUAUAUAAAUUCUUUUUAAUUUUGAAUGAAAACAUAAACAAGUUCUCUGUGUUUUUAUAUUUCAACCAAAAAUUACUGAUUUAUACACCGUAUGAUGUAAACACGAAAUACUCUCGAAAUACUCUCCUUUUUUAUUACUUUCAGAAUUUUUCGAUUCUCUGCAUAUUCAUCGCAACAUCGCAGUAUUCACAUCAUCAAGCCAAAUAAUAUCGCAUAACGCAAUAAUUAUUAAUUAUUAGAAGUUUAAAAUUAUCAGAAAGUUUAUAUUUAUU